CAAGUUUAAGAUCGCAGACACCAUAGCUGAUAAAGUUUUAGUUUUAGUAUUGUCGUCAUUAUUUAUUUAUGUUCUUCCAUUUCCAUAUACAUGUUUUUUGUCAUUGUGGUUUUCAGAAUGUUCGCAAUUCUCAUAGUUCUGUAAAAGUGGCGACACUCUAACCAGUGGUGGUAAAAAGAAAGAAUGGACCAUACUGUUAUAGAGGUGGAUGGAGGUUUCAUUGAGGGAGAAAUACUCAUCAACAAGCUCAACGAUGAACCUUACUACAGCUUCAAAGGUGUCCCAUAUGCCCGCCCACCCACUGGAUCGCUGCGUUUUAAGCCUCCAAAAAGCGUCGAGAAAUGGGACGGUGUUCGUCAGUGCAAAAAACAUGGAAAUGCCUGUUGUCAGAAAAUGAUGUUCACCGGACCCUUGCUUCCCAUUAUCUCAGGAGCCGAAGACUGCCUUUACUUAAAUAUUUACUCUCCAGUGGGUAAUUCUUGCGAAUCAUUAAGGCCAGUGAUGGUAUUUAUUCACGGUGGCGGUUUCCAGUCCGGAAGUUCAAACUCAAAUUUGUAUGGACCGGACUUUUUAAUUGCAAAGGAUGUUGUUUUAGUUACAAUCAAUUAUCGGUUAAAUAUUUUUGGGUUUUUAAAUUUAGGAAUCAGGAAAUGUCCGGGAAAUGUUGGUUUGCUGGACCAAAGAGCAGCUUUAAUUUGGGUAAAAAAGCAGAUCAAGAAGUUCUCUGGGGAUCCUGACAAUAUUACAAUCUGCGGAGAAAGUGCCGGAUCUGCUUCCGUCAGCUAUCAUUUACUCUCUCCACUCUCCAAAGGUCUUUUUCACAAAGCGAUCAAAGCGAGUGCCUGCGUUCUUGAUCCGUGGGCUUACAUGGACCCUGAGGUAUCAAUUAGACGAGCUUUCCGUGUUGGAGAUAAACUUGGAUGUGUCACUCAUGAUGUAAAAGAACUUCAUACAUUUUUAAUGGCAGUGCCUGCCAAAAAACUUGUCAGAGCUGUCCUAUCUAUCAUGACCACUGAGGACCUUCACACUGGGUUAGCCUUUUCGUUCGUCCCUUCAAAAGAAAUUUGUGGAUCUUACGAGGGUCGAUUUUUACCCUCAGAACCUAGAGCUCUUCUAACACAAGCUCCCGCUGUGCCCGUUCUUCUCGGUUUGAACAGCUCGGAGGGAUUUAUCAUUUACUUGGAAAAUCAUAAGAUGUUGAAUACAGUUAAAAAAGAUCCAGAACGGGCUAUGGACGAUAUGUUUCCCGACGAUCUGAAGAGCAUAUCGAACGAUCGAUCGAAAGUGGCGGUUGCCAAGAAUGAAGUAAGGCAGUUUUACCUGGAGGUCCAAAAAAAUAUUCCCGUUCAAAAAUUUGCAGACUUUUUCGGUGAUAUUAACUUUUUGCGCGGAAAUUAUCAAUGGUUGAAGACUUGCUUAAGUUAUUCAGACUCAAAACCAAUGUCUUUGUACUUGUUUGAUUUUGAUACCGCUAUAAGUAUUAUUAAACUCAUGCCAGGAUUGCGGAUGCCUGAUUAUAUUACAGGAUCAUGCCAUGGUGAUGAUCUCCUUUUCCUAUUCAGCAAGCGAAUUUUGGACUAUUGUAUAUUGAGAUCAGAUGCUUGUAAGCAGGUUGUGGAAAAUCUGACCACAGUUUGGACAAAUUUUGCCAAGUUCGGGGAUCCGAAAGGCUCACUCGAGAUUGAUUGGAAACCUCUCACCCUUUGUCAACCAGUCCAUUGUAAGAUUGGACAAAAGCUGGAAAUUCAAGACGGUUUUAUUUAUGAAGACAGAAUCAAAUUCUGGAGUGAUCUAGAGCUCUCGAUGUUAAGCCAAUGCAAAUUGUGAGAUGAAUUGGCUCUUUUACUGAGACUGAAAUCUAAAAAAUGUUGCGAUUUUCCGUGCCCCUUAUUGUAAAAUUUAAAAUUGUUAAAAAAAAAGAAAAAGAAAAGAAAUGAUGUACCCGCGCAAAUACAUUAUUUUUGUGUACGGUUAUUAUUUGUACUGAUGAAUAUUUGUGUUUAUUUA